AUGGCUACCAGUGACCUGAAGACAGCAGUGACUCGCUCAGCGUGUGACACUUUUGCGAGAGAGCAUCUUGGUGGAAACGUCGUUCCAGUGGCCGUGCAAGGUGUAUGCAGCUAUACCGUCUACGCUGGACCCAAUGCCGAAUUCGUUGUCCAGUUUCGCCUUGCGUCCCUACAACUGGGUAUGGAUAUUGCAAAUCUCGCUCGAAGCAUCUACGGCCACUUUGCACCCCAUGUGACAUUUUUGGACCAAAUUGGAGAAGGAAGCGAGAGCAAAGAAUCCCUUUACAUCUAUGUCAUGAGCCGAGUACGAGGCAUUAGUUACUUGCAUUUUAUCCUGGCAAAUAACAGUCAGGUGCCCGAAAACUCACCUAAGUUUUCCUCAUGGCGCAGGAAUCUUGUAAUUGAUAUUGCGAAGUUCUUUGCUCUUUCGUGGAAAGGCCCACGGCACGUUGAUCAAACGUACCGCGACCACUUGUACCAUCGAUACAAAGAAGAACUGGAUUCGCUACUUGUUUCUCUCCCAGACCGCUUCCGCCCGUUAAUCCAAGAGUCUCUUAACUCAUUACCGACUAUUUUUGCUCUUCUUAUGGUACUACUCCACAAGGACUUUGGUGUCUGCAACAUUAUUGUGAAUGAAAUGUCUUGCAAUCUAGCUGGAGUGGUUGAUUGA